UAGUAUUUUACCUUUGAGUAACUGUCCCCAGCUGCAGUGCUGCAGGCACAUCGUUCCAGGGCCUCUGUGGUGCUCCGAUGCCCCUCACCCACUGUCGAAGAUCCCCGGUGGGCGAGGGGGUAGCAGGGAUCCUUCUCUUUCAGCUCUGAUAUAUAAGGACGAGAAGAUCACUGUUAACCAAGAUGUCCCAGUGCACGAAGGGAAGCCUCAUAUUGUCCACUUCCAUUACAAGGUCACAGAGGUGAAGACCUCCUCCUGGGAUGCAGUGCUCUCUAACCAGAGCCUCUUUGUGGAAAUCCCUGAUGGAUUAUUAGCUGAUGGAAGCAAAGAAGGGUUAUCAGCACUGCUGGAGUUUGCUGAAGAAAAAAUGAAAGUAAACUAUGUCUUUAUUUGCUUCAGAAAAAGCAGAGAAGAUAGAGCUCCACUUCUGAAGACAUUCAGCUUCUUGGGCUUUGAAAUCGUGAGGCCUGGUCACCCCUCUGUCCCGUCGCGGCCAGAUGUGAUGUUCAUGGUGUAUCCCCUGGAUCAGAACUCUUCCUCUGAUGAAGAAUAGCUGCAGCGGGGGAACCCAGCGUGACCUGAAAAUGCUGUUGAGGGGAGAGAGGGUUCCAUCUCCUUUCUUGAGGAAAGGGAAAACAAGCUUCUGUUGGACUGAAACUGCAUUUCUCAUUGUUAGAUUGGCCUGUGUAUCCUCAGAGUUGACUAUCUCAUUGAAAUGUGUUGCCUAGAGAACUAUAUAUACACACAUGUAAUCACCAAAUAGUAAAUGGAAGAUGUUUAUGAACUGGCA